GGGCCCCUCUCCAGCUUCCCUGUAGGCCCCCUUCAGAUACUGGAAGGUUGCUAUGAGGGAAAGAGCACCUGCUGUCCUGUGUCUGAGCUCAUGAAAGGCACAGUGCUCACAGCCCUGCCCCUGGCUCAACUGCUGUUUCACAGCAGAUUUUGUUAAGCUUAUGUGUCCUCGUAGUUCGUAGAAUAUCCUGAGAUGGAAGGGACCCACAAGGAUCACUGAAGUCCAGCUCCUGGACCUGCACAGCACAGCCCCAAGAAUCACACCAAGAAGCAACCACUAAGUUGCCAGGCAUUGCUUUUGUGUAUGCCUGGCGGGAUGCAGAAGAUGAGAUGAAGAAGAGAAGAUGCAGGACUGAAAGUCUUUAUGGGAGGCAGAGGAGCAUUGAUUGAACGUGUGUCUUGAGUGAAACCUGCCGCAGAGAUGGACACGGACGGCUUUGGGGAGCUGCUCCAGCAGGCAGAACAGCUGGCAGCUGAGACAGAGGGGAUCUCGGAGCUGCCUCACGUGGAACGGAACCUGCAGGAGAUCCAGCAGGCCGGGGAGCGGCUGCGCUCCCGCACCCUGACCCGCACCUCCCAGGAGACGGCCGACGUGAAGGCGUCUGUUCUUCUGGGGUCUAGAGGGCUUGAUAUAUCUCACAUUUCUCAACGACUCGAGAGCCUGAGUGCAGUCACUACGUUUGAGCCUCUGGAACCUGUGAAGGACACUGACAUCCAGAGAUUCUGCAGGACAGAAGGAAGAAGGGAAUGUCUGUUACCAACUUUGAAAGCAAGCAUCUGAAAUACGUUCCAAGAAUAUUUUGGAGCAGGAAUGCCAGUUUAAAUAUUUAUGCAGCAUUUUAUUGCACUGAUUCAAAUAUUGAAUAGCACCUGACCCUUGAAUUUUUGGAUCCUUGCCUGACUGGCACCCCCUGAUGUGUAUAUUUACUUAGAAAACGGCCUUCUGUGGCAGCUGCUUUUCAUUGCAGGAAAUUGGGAAAGCUGGAUUUUGAUCCAAUUUUUGUCAUGAUUUUCAUGCUUGACUUUGAGUUCAAGAAAUGCUUUCCUAUGCAUCAUUUUCCUCAGCUGAGAAAUAAGAGUUGCAUUUACCAUUUUCUCAGACCUCUCUUGUUCACAGCCCUGAUCAGUAUUUGACAGCGUUUAACUGACCUCCAACUUCCCUCCCUCAGAUACCAGACCUUGUAAAAAAUAAGGUUGU